AAACCCGGAAGCCGAACUCUGGCAGCAGAUCGCUGGGACUGGGCGUGCGGCCUGAGCCUCGGCGCGGAGAACGUCACGGCGGCCGCCUGGGCGGAAACUCCGGCCCAGCGUCCCCUCCCGCCCCCGGCGCGGGGAGCGUCCUCCCCUUGGUCACUAUGCCCCCGAGCGGGCCAUGCUGAGGCUCUGGGCCGCCGUCCCCAGAGUUGUGGCGGGUGUCCUCAGCUGCUGUGGCCCGCGCCUCCUGUGCACCGGCAUGUUCUACGCCGUGAGGAGGGGCCGCAAGACCGGCGUGUUCCUCACCUGGAGUGAAUGUCAAGCACAAGUGGACCGAUUUCCUGCCGCCAGGUUCAAGAAGUUUGCUACUGAGGAUGAGGCUUGGGCCUUUGUCCGAAAUACUGCCAGCCCUGAUCGUUCAGCAGUGCAGAAAAAGAAAAGUGACACACAAGACCCCAAAGUGAAACUGAACAAGAGACCCUAUGAGUCAUUAGAUAAAGAGGAAGAGCCUUGUGCAAAGCUUGCAAAGCAAAAUACAGACUCAGUGCCUUCACUUAGCAAAGAAACAUUUUCUUACAUGGGAGAUGCAGCUGUGGUUUACACAGAUGGCUGUUGCUCCAGUAAUGGGAGGAGGAAAGCUCGAGCAGGCAUUGGUGUUUACUGGGGACCAGGUCAUCCCCUAAAUGUGGGCGAUAGACUUCCUGGGCGACAGACUAACCAAAGAGCAGAAAUACAUGCUGCCUGUAAAGCAAUCGAACAAGCCAAGAAUCAAAACAUCAGUAAGCUGGUUCUCUACACAGACAGUAUGUUUACUAUAAAUGGUAUAACGAGUUGGGUUAAAGACUGGAAGAAAAAUGACUGGAAAACAAGCACAGGAAAAGAUGUCACUAACAAAGAAGACUUUGUUAAGCUUGAUAAACUUAUUGAAGGCAUAGACAUUAAAUGGGUGCAUGUUCCUGGUCAUUCAGGGUUUGCAGGCAAUGAAGAAGCUGAUAGAUUAGCAAGAGAAGGCGCUAAAAAAUCUCAAGACUCAACAUAGCAUAAUUUUUAUAAUCUAAUUAAAGAGCAAACCAAUUGCUCUUUAGUCAUUAUUUGUGUGACAAUUUGCCUAUGAGACAUGAACUAUUGCAGGUGGACUUGAGAACAUUCUGUUUGAUCAGGAAGGCCAUGUAAGUUUUCUGUUGAAGUAUGGUUCAGUAUAUUAAACUACCCUUCACUUAAACCUGACCAACGUAUCUGUUUAUCUUUGGAAAUUGUUUGGGAUUUCAGCAUAAAGUAGAUGUAGCUGACUAUUGCCCAACAAUGUUUUCAGGUUUUUGGGGUUUUUUUUUGAAUUGAAGUUUGAUUCUGAAAUUGAGGAGUUAGUGUUUUGCUUAGAAACUCAGAAGGAGCUAGGUAAAAUAAUAAUGGUGAUGAUGAUGAUGAUGACGAUGAUGAUUGUCUUCUGAUCGACCCCAGGUGAGAGGAGUAUUAAAAGUUAAAUUAACUUCUCAGGUUUCUUCCAUUUUUUUAAAGGUUGCUUUGCAGCUAGAAUAAAAUUGAACAUGAUACUAGACUUCAAAUGAUCCAUAAUUUCAUCAGUGUGAGCACUCCUUCCAAAAACAUGGCAAACUCUGCCUGCCUUGGAUUCUUUAUUAGUUUUUGUUUUGUUUUGUUUUAUUUUGACAGAAAAAUUCAUCAGCAGGUGUCCAGCCUCUUAAUGUUAAGCUUCUCUGAACUUAGCUUGGCUGGGCUGUGGAUGACACAUGUACAUGACUAAAUGCAAAGCCUUUCCAGCUUGGUAGGACCUAUCAGAUCAUAGACUGGAAUUAUUUUCAGCAACCUAGAACCUCUUCUAUGACAUUGGGUAGGUAUUGUAGACUCUAGUGGAAGAUAUGUGUUAUCCUGCAAGUAUAAAUAAACCCUAAGAAACAGA